CACACUCUAAUUAUUCCAUGCAAAACAACACACAUGGCGAUUAAAACCAAGCUUUGCUUAACCAUCUUUCUCUUCUUCCUCUUAGCUUUACUAUGCUCAAACUUAGUCACAGCCAGAGAAGACGAGGACCCAAAGGUCACAACAUGCAAAGACCAUUGCGAAGUGGAGCACCAAUAUGAUGAAGAGGACAAACGGAUAUGCAAGGAGGAGUGUGAAGAUUAUAUUAAGAAGAAACAAGAGCGACAGACACAUAAGGAACGUGAAGAAAAAGAACAAGAAAAAGAACAAGAACAAGAAGAGGAUGAAAACCCUUAUGUUUUUGAAAACAACGAUUUCGAAACAAAAAUCGACACAGAGGAUGGUAGAGUUUUGAUUCUCAACAAGUUUCAUGAAAAAUCAAAGCUACUCAAAAACAUUGAGAAUUAUGGUUUGGCCGUUUUAGAAAUUAAAGCAAACGCUUUUCUUUCUCCACACCACUAUGACUCUGAGGCUAUACUCUUCAACAUCAAGGGCAAAGGCAUAAUUGGUUUGGUGGCGGAAGAUAGAACUGAGAGAUUCAACCUUGUUGAAGGAGACAUCAUAAGAGUACAAGCAGGAACACCAAUGUAUUUGGUUAAUAGAGAUGAGAAUGAGGAGCUUCUUAUUGCAGCGUUUCACAUGCCACCUUCAUCUGAUUCUGCUCCAGUUAAUCUAGAGCCAUUUUUUGGGCCUCCCGGGAGAAAUCCAGACUCAGUUCUCACUGCCUUCAGCUCUAAAGUGCUCCAAGCAGCAUUCAAGAGUUCAAGAGGAGAGUUGGAAACGGUUUUGGAUGAACAGAAGAAGGAAAGAAUUUUCAAAAUAGCAAAAGAAGAUGUGCGUGAAUUGGCCCAUCAGAGAAAAAUUAGUCUUUGGCCUUUUGGUGUACUAUUUAAGGGUCCAUUCAAUAUUCUGAGCAACAAACCAACUUUCUCUAACCAGUUUGGUAGUCUCUACGAAGUUGGUCCUCUUCAAGAAAAGACUGGACUUGAAGGACUCAAUCUCAUGCUUUCCUUUGCCAACAUCAACAAGGGAUCUAUGUCUACUAUUCACUACAACACAAAUGCAAACAAGAUAGCUUUGGUAGUUGGUGGAGAAGGAGAUCUUGAGAUGGCAUGUCCACACACGCCAUCAAGUUCAUCAAACUCUAAACAAAAAAGGAGUAGCAUUUCAUACCACAAUAUCAAUGCAAAGUUGAGGCCUGGAACGGUGUUUGUUGUUCCUGCUGGUCAUCCUUUCGUCAAUAUAGCUUCCAAGGAAAAUAACCUCUCGAUAGUUUGCUUUGAGGUUAAUGCACAAAGGAACAAGAAGCUUGCUUAUGCAGGGAAGAACAACAUUGUGAGUGCAUUGGACAAGACAGCUAAGGAAGUGGCAUUUGACUUGGCUGCUGAGAAGGUGGAUGAGAUAUUUGAGAGAAAGGAGGAGUUCUUUUUCCCUUAUGAUGAUAAUGAGGAGAGGAAGGAGGAGCGUGGUCGUGCUUUUGUGUGAAGAGUGUUUUGUAUUACUACAACAACACAAUGGUAAUGGUAAUGGAGGUGGUGAUGUAAGUUAAAUAAUGUAUGUAUAUGAAGUGAUGUAAAAUAAAUGACCGCAAAUUGCUGCUUGCUAUGGCAACAGAACCAUUUGUGUUGUCUAAGUUAAUGUGAGUUUUUCUUUUUUUUUGUUAA